AUUUUAAUCCCCAUUGCUUCUUUCUUUCAGCUGGAAAAUUACAUCCAGGAAAACGUGAGAAUAGAGAUCUCAGAGACCCAUUUCAGUUCUGUACAGGACCACACGGCAGCCAUGUUGGAAAUUGGGACCAACCUCCUGAAUCAAACUGCUGAGCAGACCCGGAAGCUCACUGAUGUAGAGAUACAGGUCCUCAACCAAACAUCCCGCCUGGAAAUUCAAGUAUUGGAAAAUUCCCUGUCUACCAACAAGCUUGAGAAACAGCUGCUUCUGCAGACUCACGAGAUCAGCAGACUCCAGGAGAGAAACAGCUUCCUAGAGAAGAAAGUGCUGGCUAUUGAAAACCAACGUGAGGAGGAGCUACAGGGCCUGAGGACCGAGAAGAUGGAAAUGCAGAAGCUUCUCUCCAACCAGGUGGAUCUUGUUGGGCAUCUGGAGCAACGCCUGGGUGCUGCCUUGCUGAACAACACAGCCCUCCACAAACAACAGACGUCUUUGGCGGAGACAGUGAAGCAUCUCAUAGGCUUAGUGUCCCAGUGCAAUCACCUUUCGUUCAGCCAGCCAGAUGAGCAGAAGGUCUUCAAGGACUGUGCAGCUGCAUACAAAUUGGGGUUCUCCACCAGCGGAGUCUACACCCUUCGGCUCCCCAAUACUACGGCCACUGUAAAAGUGCUGUGUGACAUGGAGACCAAUGGAGGAGGCUGGACCGUUAUCCAUCACCGGAGAGACGGCUCUGUGGAUUUCCAACGCACCUGGAAGGAAUAUAAACAGGGCUUUGGGUCCCCAUCUGGAGAGUACUGGUUGGGCAAUCAGUUCAUCCACUUGCUCACCACACAGAACCGCUACUCCCUCCGGAUCAAGCUCCAAGACUGGGAGAACAAUGAGGCUUAUUCUGCCUUCGAGCAUUUCCAAGUAGACUCUGAGGAGCAGAACUAUCGACUUUAUGCAAGGAGAUACAGUGGAACGGCCGGACGCACCAGCAGUCUCAGCCCCUCCGGAACCGACUUCAGCACCAAGGAUGCUGACCAUGAUCGAUGCGCGUGCAAAUGUGCCCAGAUGGCAGGUGGAGGCUGGUGGUUUGAUGCUUGUGGACCUUCUAAUCUGAAUGGCAUCUAUUACCCUCCCAAUCCUGCCACAAUUAGAUACAACGGCAUGAAGUGGCACUACUGGAAAGGGCCUGGGCAUACCCUCAAAGCAAGCACCAUGAUGAUCCGUCCGGUGGAUUUCAGAGAGCAGCAGCAAGGAGGGAUGCUGUGA